GGAAUCAGGGAGUUUGACCGUCCAGGUGUUAACAUGGAUGCUGGCAAACUCUUCGCUUUGAAGAAGAAGGGCAAGACCCAAGCCCAAAAGAAGGACCCUUCGGUCCAACCGCCCGUGGGAGCCUUCUUCCAAAAAGAGGUUCCGGAGCCCUCUGCUGCGAAGGGGGUCGUCGGUGUGGCGGAGGGGGCCACAAAGAAGAAAAAGGGGAGCAAGGCGGUUGAGCCCCCGGCUAAGAAGCAGAGGGGCAUAGGGGGCACUGUCGGCCAGGAUGCCCCCUUGGUGAUCAUUGAGGAUCGCCCCUCUCCGGAUCCCCCGGUUGAUGCUGCGGCGACGGCCCAAACCAAUCCUCCCUUGAGAAUCCCCCCUCGGGAGAUCCUGCAGCUCUCUUUGGCCCCGGGGGCUUCUGUUCUACACAGCUCGGCGGAGCCGAAAGCUUUUCUGAGGGGGAUGACCUCGGUGAUGGACAAGGCUGCCCUCUCCACAUAUGAUGACGAGGCCCUCGAGAACAGGAUCCUUCGGUCUUCAUUAACUGCUUGCGUAGCCCUCGGGGAGCACGCACAGAGGCUCGAGCAAUGGCGCCUCCGGAAGGUUGAGCAGGACCGGUAGAUGAAGGAGCUUGUCCUGAAGAACUCCGAGGCCGUAAAGCAGAUGGCAAUGCUGGAGGAAGAUCUCCGGAAGGCUGCCGAGGGCAAAGCUGCAGCGGAGGAAGCCAGGCUUGAGGCCGAGAGGGCAGCCAAAAAAGCCGUCGAGGAGGCGGAGAUUGCUAAGGCCGAGGUCGUCGCCAAAGCCCGGGAAGAAGCUGUUGCUGCCUUCGUGUCCGAGGGCUGGAAGACCGAAGACAGGCGGCAGUGGGUGGCCUCGGUCGUAGAGUCUUCGGUUGAUGACUGGGUGAAGAGCCCCGGAGCCGACUGGAUGGCAGAAAAGGGAGACAGCUACUAUCAAGGGGGCGAGUUCUUCACCCAGCAUCUGGUGUACCGGAGGCUCGCCAGGCACUUCAAAGUCCCUCUCGAGGAAUUCGACCCUUCGGCGUACGGCCUUCCCGCUUUGCAACCAGAUGUUAGAAACCCCCUCCCCUCGGGCGAAGAGAGGCUGGU